UCUCUCUCUCUCUCUCUCUCUCUCUCUCUCUCUCUCUCUCUCUCUCUCGCUAUCUCUCCCCGUCGCUGCCAUGGCUUGCGCCGAGCAGCCUAUCAAGAAGCGUCGGCUGUAUGAGUCAAUCCCUGAACCGCAGCCUCCGCCACCGCAAGCAGAGUCCCCACCCACUCCUGCGCUGGUGAGCUCGUUCCCCGCUCCGGUGACGCCGCCGCCUCUAUCUCAGGAGGAAAUUCAAAGCAGAAGCAGGAACAGAGAAGAGAUUCGAAGAGUGCAUGAGUGCUAUAAGCGUCUCAAAUCUUAUAUCGGUCAGAGAGAUGGCGGCCGCUCUGCGAUUAUUGAGCAAGCGUAUCGCUCCCUCAUCUCCGCUUCCCGAGGUUGUACUAGCGUUAAACGACUUGUGGCUGAUCUUGUUCCUCGAUAUGCACUGUACUGCCCUACUGCUAUCGGAGACGCAGUGCAAGCUGUCAUCGACAUGCAUAACUUCAGCUUGGAAGCACUAAAUGGUGGACAAGAUGCUGAUGGUGUUGCUUUCCAAACUGCUAAAGCCUGCAUAUUUGGUUUGGUCGACCUAUGUUCUGCUGCUUCUUCAAACAGAGCAUCAUCACCAGGGGCUCGGGAUAUCUGCUCUACUGUGUUCAGAAAUGUGUUAACCUUCUUAGUGUUAUCCUUUGAGGCAAAAGAUAUAUUCCAGAUAGUUGAUAAGAGCGAUUUGAAGGUGCAAGAUCCUCCUGGUGAAUUUUUUUCUCAGCUGAUGCAAAAACUUUCAGAUGGAAACUCGUUACCGUUGAUCAAACUAUCCCAGUUUCGUGUUUUAGCUUUACUGAAAGUAUUCUUCAACUUCCCGAAAAAUUCAAUUGCUACUUGUUUUGGAUUCUUCAAUUCGUCAUCAAUAGAGGAUGUAACUACGGGGAGGUAUCUCAUUACUCAUAUGACAGAAACGAUUAAUGAUAUUGAUGCCGCUAGUAAUGAACCUGAACCAGACGAGAAUUCUGGUCAGACAGGUUAUAACAAAACAGAGGCUACUGGUAAGAAUGCGGAAGGGUUAAGUGAGAUCCAAGAAGCAUCCCACAGUCUAAACAGCUGCCUGUUAGGAAUGGUUCUUAGAAAGAGUCCCUCUACUGGUAGGUGGGCCUUCUUUAACUAUAAGAAAAUAUGCACCCUGUCAUCUUUCAUGGAUAUAUCCAGUGCUAUUCCUUCAAUAGAGGGAAUCUUUGGAUUUAUUGGAAAAGAUAUCAAGUUAGAAGAUUGUCAAAUGGAGAGUGACGAGGAUGAUCAUGGUAAAUUUUCAGCUUCACAUGUGAAGCCUCAAAGUUCUGCAGAAAACGAUGUCCGCUCUAGUGCUGGAUCAGUUUAUGAUGCUGGAGGUUCACGAUCUAUGGAUUUUGAGACUGUUGACCAGAGAGACUUGUCAUGCGGUAGAUCUUCAGUCCCAAGGGGAAUAAUAAACCACCAGACACCAUCUCCUUCUGCAAGAGCGCCUUCAGAUUUAAGGAGUAACUCUGCAGAUGGUAGGAACAAUUUUGUUCUUGCAGGAUCACCUGUUUAUCAAGCAGCACCCCAUGGGCCUUCAUCAGGGCACAUUGUUUGGUAUUUGGAUGGAGACCCCACUGCUUAUGACAUUUUUCCGGCUUCGGGGCAACUGUGGUUAGGGUAUUUAGGACCAGAUGAAACUGAAGGUCAUCUAAGGUUUCAGCUUGAUAGGUACGGUCCAGUAGACCGUUUCUUUUUUGAUCCAGUGAAAGGAUUUGCCCUAGCUGAAUAUAGAAGUAUAAUAGAUGCAAUCAGAGCUCGAGAAUAUCUGAGAUCACAAUUUCCUUGGCGCAUUAAAUUUAUGGAUAUAGGAGUUGGUGCAAGGGGAUCUUUGAAUGGGGUAGCAUAUGGUUAUUGUACUCAUUUGUAUAUUGGAAGCAUCUCUAGUCAGUGGGAGAGGGACGAAAUUGUCCAUGAGUCACGGCAAGCCCUUUAUAAAGGACCUCGCAUGGUGACUGACCUGUACUAUGAACAUGCCCUUCUGAUGGAGUUUGAUACACCUGAUGAUGCUGCCAUUGUUAUGGCCCAUCUCAGGUUUUAUCGCGGAGAAAAGAGUAAAUUUCACUUGGCAUCAGUCAAUCGUCCUUUGCCUCAUGAAGAUGGAGGAAGUCAUCCAGAGCGGCACCUUCAAGUGCCUCCCACAUCAAAACCGGAUAGUGGAUCAGGGGAAUACGUGUCCCCCUUAAUGAGUACGGAUAACCACUGUAAUUCUGUACCUCCUGGAGCUCCCUUUCAGCAAAACUGGCCUGCUUCUGCUCCUGCACAAGGAGUCUCAGGGACUCCUUCAUGUGUGCCCAUGCCUGCUCCAGGACAGCCUGUUACACCGACAUCCCACAUUCCUCCAUCUCCAUUUGUUCAACAAUCCAUUUACCCUCCACCAAACAGCUCUUGGGAUACAAGAUCUCUUGGCCACCAAAUCUCUCCAAGUGGUAAUGCAGCAGCAACAUCAUCACAGAUUCAAGGACCUCCACCGAAGCAGGUUUCAGGUCCAUUUAUCCCGCCUCCCGUGCAUCCAGUCUCUCAGGCACAAGGACCUCAAGUUCAGCAUUUUGAUCAUGUGUAUCCACCUCCGCCUGUAGGACAUUCGUUACCCUUUGUGACACAGCCACCAUUACAAGCUCAAUCUCAGCCACCGCCACCAGAAAUGAUGCCACCUCCGCCUCAAGCUCAACCACCCCCUCUGCCCCAGGCACACCCACCUCUGGCUCCUCCUCCGCCUAGUACUCCACCGUCUCCUCUGCCCUUACCUCCAACGGUCACACAGUUGUCUGAACCGGAUGCUUCCAAACAUAACGUAGAGCACCAUUGGCAGGGUGCUUUGUCGAAAAGUGGAGUUCAUUACUCCACGAUCAUUGCGCAGAGACUGGAAUCAGAUAUUUGCAAAUAUACCAACGGAUCUUCAGAGCCUGUGCGAUGGCCAGUUAAACUGGAUAUGACCAAGCGCACGGAUAUGAAGCACAUAAAAGCUGCUUUUACAAAUACACAGCCGCACAAAAGGGAGGUUUGUCAGUUGAUUCCUGCAACUUUCAACGAUCGUAAAGGGCUCCAAGAUUUCAUAUCAUACUUGAAGCAGAGAGAUUGUGCGGGAGUGAUAAAGAUCCCUGCAGCAAGUCCCACCAUAUGGGCAAGGCAUCUCUUCAUUCUUCCCUACUCGCAAGAGACAUGUUCCUUGCUUUCUGUUUCCCCGUGUUCCUCCGAAUGCUUGAUCGGUUUGGUUUUGCCCAAAGAACCAAAUGCUGAGUGCUCGUGACAUAUACUCUAUCCAGGGACAAAGAGUAGUAAAUGAAGACUUUCAUUGUUUUUGUGCUUUAGAUAGCAGUUCUAAACCACUUUGUAUAUUAACUCACUUAGUGUAAUCCCUCACUCUUUUCUUUCUCCCUUUUUGAGGGAGAGCCAAUUGUAGAUUUGUGUGAACUAUAUAGUACUUGCUAUUGCAGUUUUGUUCUCGCUU